CCACGCAACAAGAGCAAUGCGUAGUCUUCCAAUUUCACCCUACUCCGCCUCCAUAUUAUGCACCAAAAGUAAGCAUAAAUUUCCUUCCACAUUGAAGAAGCACCGAAACCCACAAAUCAGAGCUAUGAGAGCCGUCGUCCAAAGGGUAGCUUCCGCCAGCGUCGAGGUCGAUGGCCGCAUUGUGUCGGAAAUCGGACCUGGUCUCCUCGUUCUCGUCGGACUCCAUGAUUCAGACACCGAGUCCGAUGCCGAUUACAUUUGUAGAAAGGUUUUGAACAUGAGAUUGUUCACUAAUGAAAGCACUGGCAAAGGAUGGGACCAGAAUGUCAUGCAACGUGAUUAUGGAGUUUUGCUAGUGAGUCAAUUUACAUUGUAUGGAUUCUUGAAGGGUAACAAACCAGACUUCCAUGUUGCAAUGCCACCACAGAAAGCUAAGCCUUUCUAUGAGUCUUUAAUUGAGAAAUUCAGAAAAGCUUAUAAACCAGAUGCAGUAAAAGAUGGAAUAUUUGGAGCGAUGAUGAAGGUUAGUUUGGUCAACGAUGGACCAGUAACGAUGCAGUUGGAUUCAUCACAACUAUCGAAGAAUACAACUGGAGUGGCAGAAGAAUCCUAAAUUAGUGGAUUGAAUACACUAUCUUGUUGGCAAAUCUUUGUAGAAUUUGUCACAAUAGAUUUUUUUAGAUGGCUUCAUGGUUGUACACAAGUUUAAGUACAAACCAAAUCAAAAUCGAACUAAAUUCAAUAGACCAAAACUGUAAGCAGAACGAGACACUGACUCGAAUCAGUUUUUUUUAGGGGGGGGUUUAAGCUCCGGUGGCCUGCUCCUACCAAAGUCGCAAUUGCAAUGUUUGAUGACAAUAGAGCUAAGUGCAACCAAAUAAGUUCAA